CCUUACCAACCCGCCCCUGCCUUCGUCCCCUCGGUCCCCACCUGCUUGCACAGACGACGACAAAGCCCGCGGGGACCCUGAGCUCGCCAUGCUGGACGAUGACUCAACACCAAGGGUCGCGAGUCCUGUAUGCGCCUGCCCAUUUACCAAGCCGGUGCGCGGCGCACGCAGAAGCAGCGUGCGCACCCGUUCGUCCUUGUCUAAGUCCCAAGCAGGGCUAUUCUAAGGUGUGGGCCCUUGCACCAUUGCGUCAGCUCCUUUGCAUGGCGAUCCCCUGCGGCUCGUGUCAGCGCACUCGCGGCGUGCGGGAUGUGCUUCUGCGCGUACCUGUUAUUUAUGGCUGAGUAAAGGCAGCCGCCUCUCUGCAUUUCUGGCUGCACGUUUCAUUCUCGAGGCACAUUGCUUUGAAACCGGUCGGGCCUGCUUUCGCAUGAAAGCGCGUUGCCAAACCAUGCCCAGGCAUACACCCACCACCCCUCCCGCCUUCGCCACCGCAAACGCAACACCCGUGUCAGACUCAUCCACACUAGGAAAGACGUCCACAGACUCGAACUUUACAAACUCGAACGAUGGCUCGGCUCUGCUAGACACACCUCGUGCCGCAUCGCCCGCAGAGGCGAGCGGCACUGCGCGGACCGCCGAGGCUCUUUCCCUGGAGGCUCCAAACGAGGUGCCUCUGGACGUGCCCAAGAUGUGUUUUCUGGACAUACUCGGUGACGAAUUCCUGGAACUACUCGGCGAUACGCCACAGCAUGACACGGACAACGCUGCAACGACGACGCCGACACCGCGCUGCAGCUCGCCCGCACAGGCGAUCCUCGCGAACUGGGGCAGCCUCAGCAGGGAAGAGCAGGAGGCGUGGCGCGCGCGGCAGCGCGGGGACAACGCCGAGCGUUAGCACACUAGUUUUCGCGGUGGAUUUUUCACACUGUUGGUGCGUCUCAUGGCUGACCUCUGCCGCGGUCUCUUUGCUGAUUUGCACGUUCUGGUAUAGCUGAUGGUAUCUGUUGUUUGAUCAUCACGUUGAUUUAUAGGAACUUUGGACAGUGGCGUCACAUUCGCGAUGCUUAUGGACUGGGACAUACCCUAGACUCUUUAUUCUUCGCCUCAACAAGAUGAACUCAUAGACGCUCUUAAUUUUUUUUCUUCUACAAUAUCUGUUUAAUAUACAUGUGUCGUGCUAAUUCAAUAUCAUACCGGCGCAUCACAUGCCGUUGUACUUGCUCCUUUGACAUAUGUCCUACGACCCAUAGCCGAUUCGAAUUACACUCUUGAGACUGGCUAAGUAGCC